CUGGUUUCCUCGCGCCGAUUCAUGGAGCCACCCGCUGCAAAACACGGCUUCUGGAGAAACAUUGUGGUUCGUCUUUUCUCCUUCGCCGUCAUCAUCUUCGCCGUGAGAUUCGCCAUCAUCACCGCCGUCCAGGGCGGAUCUUGCGUCUCAUCCGAUUUCUGUUUCUUCUCCGACAAACCCAACAUCCCCGCUCACGUCUCCGGCGACCUCUAUUGGCGCCGCUCCGUCGAGUACUACGCCGCCGUUUUCCAGGACCUGAUCGCCGAGGGUUCCCUUUCCCCCAAUUCAAGAAUUCUCUGUGUCGACACACCCACCGGCGACGACGUCCUCGCGCUGGAACAGCUCGGCGUCGUCGAUUCCGUCGGGAUCUUCAAGAAACCGUCGCCGCCGCUGAUUGUCCAAGGAGAGGCUCACCGGCAUCCGUUUCCUGACGAUGCAUUCGACUUUGAAUUCUCAGGCAGCGGCGGCCUGGAAAGGUCACGGAUGCCGGCGGAGUUCGCCGCCGAGAUCGGCCGGACUCUUCGGCCGGGUGGGAUCCUAGCGGUUCACACGGCGGCGAGAGACGCUUACAGUUUCAAUUCUUUCCUUGAAUUGUUCAAUUGCUGUGAAUUGAUCAGGACCCGAGACAUCAACGGUGUUGAUUCAUCUCCUCCGGUUCUUGAGAUUUUGAUGAAGAAGAAAAUGCAUGAAUUUCAAACCCUAGAUUCAUCCAAUUCCAUCAGUAAAUGCUCUGUUCCAGGUUAUAAACGUGAAAUAGUAAAAAAUGCAGAGGCAUUGAUAGUGGAAGAACCAUUGAAACCUUGGAUUACACUGAAGAGGAAUUUGAAGAAUGUGAAGUACCUAACUUCAUUGGUUGACAUAAGCUUUAAGAAUAGGUAUGUGUAUGUUGAUGUUGGAGCUAGGAGCUAUGGUUCCAGCAUAGGAAGCUGGUUCAGGAAACAGUACCCAAAACAGAACAGAACCUUUGAGGUUUAUGCAAUUGAAGCUGAUAAGACAUUUCAUGAACAGUAUAAGACAAGGAAAGGGGUCAGUUUGUUGCCCUAUGCAGCUUGGGUGAGGAAUGAGACCUUGUUCUUUGAGAUUACCAGAGACCCAAGUGAGAAAGUGAUGAUGAAAGGUAGAGGGAUGGGGAGGAUCAACCCUGUGCAAACCUCUUCUAGCCAUAUGGGUGACAAGGAUAAGAUUCAGGGUUUUGAUUUUGCUGAGUGGUUGAAGAGUGCUGUAACAAGUAGGGAUUUUGUGGUUAUGAAGAUGGAUGUGGAAGGGACUGAGUUCCAUUUGAUUCCAAGAUUGAUUCAAACUGGGGCUAUCUGUUUGAUUGAUGAACUGUUCCUUGAAUGCCAUUACAAUAGGUGGCAGAGAUGCUGCCCUGGUCAGAGAAGUCCUAAGUAUCAGAAGACCUAUUCUGAAUGCCUGGAUUUGUUCACUUCACUCAGAAAUAUUGGAGUUCUUGUACAUCAAUGGUGGUGACAGUCCAGAAGAAACUUCCCUGUAGUUCUUUUUUCUGCUAUUCUUACAAUUUUGGUAUAGGUUAGAUAUUAUUUUUAUUGCACUUCUCCACAGCAUAGCAUAGGAAUUUAUACAACUAGAUUGAUUCAUUGAUUCCUUUAUCAGAUUCUUUUUUUGUUAAUUGUCAUCCAUGCAAAUGAAGAGUUGAAU